AUGAUGUUAGAAACCGAAGCAGGUGAUCAAGCUAUAGAACUGUAUAUAAAUGAAAAUGUUGACACAAAUGAUUUUGUGGAAGCAACAUAUGAAUCUGAAGAACUUAAUGAUUUCGGUGUGAACAUCGAAUUUGAUGAGGAUGAUGUUAAUGAUGAAAGGAUACUGGGAAAGGUUUUUGAUACACCCGAUGAUGCCUAUACAUUUUAUAAUGAUUAUUCAUUUUUGCAUGGCUUUGGUAUACGUAGAGAUGACACAAUUAAAAAUCCUAAAACAAAUGAGCCUUUUCGGAAGAUAUAUGUAUGCAACAAAGAAGAUUUCAAACGGAUGGACAAAAAUGCGUCAAGUGAAAAUGAGAUAAAACGUCGUAGAGAUGUUAGAACCGGAUGUCAAGCAAAGCUUCGAAUAACAAGACAGGAGGAUGGAAAAUGGUUGGUGGACUCGUUUAAUGACACACACAAUCACGACUUGACCAUGACACCUACGAAAGUGAUGAAGCAUCGGUCUCAUAGCAAUUUUCACCGUUCAAUAGAAGGUAAAUCUCUUAUGGUGCAAUUUGGUCAAGCAGGGUUGAAACCUUCUCAGAUUAAAAAGGCUGUUAAUACUAUGAAAACCUCAAAUUUAGCUUAUGUAACUUCAAAGCAAUGUGCUGAUGUCUUAUCUGAGCAUCGAAAACAACAUAGAGGAAAGGAGUUCUAUGGACUUAUAAAACAUUUUCAAGAUAAAACAUUAAUUGACAGUGACCAGUAUUUUGUCGUAGAUUUGUCUGAUGAUGGGUAUCCUAGAAAUAUCUUUUGGGUUGAUGGUAGAUCAAGAGAUGCCUAUACAAAGUUUAGAGAUGUUGUUGUGUUUGAUGUCACUUAUAUGACUAACAAAUUCAAGAUGCCUUUUGCUCCCUUUACUGGGGUGAAUCAUCAUGGACAGUCUAUACUUUUUGGUGGAGCAUUGCUUGAAAAUGAAAAGGAAGAGACAUUUGAAUGGUUAUUUGAACAUUUCCUAAAAUGUAUGUUUGGCAAGUAUCCGAAUGCGAUUAUUACCGAUCAAGACAAAGCUAUGGGAAAUGCAAUAAAAAAAGUGUUUCCAGAGACCCGACAUCGCUUUUGUUCAUGGCAUAUCAGGAAGCAUGAAACUGAGCACCUUCGAUCGUAUGUUUCACGUUAUAGUGAUUUUCAAGAGACGCACAGACAAUGGGUAAAUAGUGACACCAUUGAACAAUUUGAAGCAACAUGGGAAGAUAUGUGUAUUAAGUAUGAAUUGGAAAACAAUUGUUGGCUUAGUGACAUGUAUAACCAACGUAUACAUUGGGCUAAACCUUUCUUGAAGGAUAUUUUCUUUGCUGGUAUGACUACAACCGGACGAAGUGAGAGUAUCAAUUCAUUUUUUGAUGGAUUUGUUAACUCGAGGACCAUGUUGAAUGAAUUCGUUCUACAAUACGACAAAGCAGUUGAGUCACGAAGGGCCGCCGAAGAAGAUGAAGACUUCAAGACUAUGAACUCGAGGCCGGUUCUUUCUUCAGUGCAUCCAAUCGAAGCAAAAGCAGUCAUCGUCACAUGUUCGUGUUCAAUGUAUGAGACAAAUGGGAUUUUAUGCAAGCAUAGCUUAUAUGUGAUGAAGAAGAAGCAUGUUCAAGAACUGCCGAGUCACUAUAUUUUACCGCGAUGGACCCUUGAUGCUAGGUACAAACUUGGUAGUGCUAGUAUCGGACUCGGAGAAAUAAAUACUGAAAAUGGAGUUAGUGCCUACACAUUAUUUUGUGUCCGUUCAAAUUUUACUAAACUUAUUGAACAAGCAAGGGACUCCCCUUUGGAGAUACAAAAACUUAAUACGAUAUUGAUAAGACUUUUAGAUGAUCAAGCAAAUCAAAAGAAAUCUAUGUCUUUGGAAAAUGCGUCUCAAAGUUCUUGUAUGGGAGUAUCGCAAGUAGAUAUGAUGCCACAAUUAUCUGUCCGUGAUCCUCUUGGUCCAACUACUACAAAAGGACGUCCUAAACUUGCUAGUAGAAUGAAGUCUUCUUUAGAAGCCCCCAAAAAACGAACAUGCUCUUACUAUCAAGGAUUGUGUCAUUAUGCCACUAGUUGUUCAAAAAGAAAGGCGGAUGCAUUGCAAGAGACAUAA